AUGGAAGACAAAGAAGCAGAAACGGUGGCAAAGGCAUUCUACGAGAGCUGGAUCUGUCGGUUUGGAGCCCCCUUGCGCGUGAUGACGGAUCAGGGACGUCAAUUCGAGUCUCAGCUCUUCCGACGUCUGGGUGAGCUUACGGACGGAGGUGCUGCCGACUGUGUUACUGGGGAUCCGAGCGGCCUAGAGAGAGGACUUGCAGGUAACUGCGGCCGAGCUCGUAUACGGGAGGCGGCAUUGCGACUUCCCGGGCAAUUUUUGAGUCAGCAGAGCAAGCAAAAGAGCGACGCCGUGGGCUUCGUAAAGGAGCUGAAGGAGCACUUCAAUGAGUUGCGCCCAGUGGACGGCACCAGGCACGGAGAGUAUCGAACAUUUAUUUUCAGGGAUCUGGCGACGAGCGGACAGGUCUUCGUGAGGCAAGACGCGCAGAGAGCGAUGCUACAGGCGCCGUAUGACGGGCCGUAUGCGGUCGUCGGCCGUGCAGAAAAAACACUGGUGGUGCUGGUGCACGGAAAGGAGGUGACGGUGUCCAUCGACAGGGUCAAGCCGGCGUACAUCCUUACAGAGGAUGUGCCGGAUGAUGGAGCGCCGGGGCUUGACGUAGAGAGACAGGAUCAGGAAGCCACCAGCCGAGAAAGAGUGAAGGAGACAACGCGCGGCGAGAGCCAGCCGAGACGAACGACGAGGCAGGAAAGUAAGAUUUCCAGAGCGUUUCCAGGCAGGCCUGCGAUGAGCGAUGGAUGGACGAGCCAGCCAAGGACUCAGUGA